CUACCUUCUUCUCCAUUUCGCCCCCCACAGACAAAAUCUCUGAAACAAAAAUGAUUCAUCACUGCUCCAUCACGAAACCCACAUUCUCAGCCUCGAUCUCGACCCACAAGCAACGCCGUUCCACCACCUUCUUCAAUUUCGGCAUCCGAUGCGUAUCCGGGGAUGUAUCAUCGCCGUCGAAUCGGACCAAUGCGGCGUCCUUGUCGUCGUCGGAGGAGGAUUCUUCCUUGAAGAAGAAUCUGAUGGAGUCUGAGGUGAGAAAGAGCGAGCCUUACCCAGGAGGGAUGCCAAAGAUGGGUCCUUUCACGGGGAGAGAUCCGAACGUGAAGAAGCCUGAGUGGUUGAGACAGAAGGCGCCACAGGGGGAGAGGUUUCAGGAGGUGAAGGAGUCGUUGACUCGUCUCAAGCUCAACACUGUUUGUGAGGAAGCUCAGUGUCCUAAUAUAGGCGAGUGUUGGAAUGGAGGUGGGGAUGGUAUAGCAACUGCGACCAUCAUGGUUCUUGGUGAUACUUGCACACGUGGCUGUAGGUUUUGUGCGGUUAAAACGAGUAGAAACCCUGCUCCUCCUGAUCCAAUGGAACCGGAGAACACUGCCAAGGCCAUUACCAGUUGGGGUGUAGACUACAUAGUUAUUACCAGCGUAGACCGUGACGAUCUGCCUGAUGGUGGAAGUGGACAUUUUGCACAGACUGUUAAAGCUAUGAAGAGACUUAAGCCGGAUAUAAUGAUAGAGUGUUUAACUUCUGAUUUCCGCGGAGACCUGGAGGCUGUAGACACUCUUGUACACUCGGGACUGGACGUUUUUGCCCACAAUAUAGAGACUGUGAAAAGGCUCCAGCGACUUGUGAGGGAUCCCAGGGCUGGAUAUGAGCAGAGCAUGUCGGUGUUGAAACACGCAAAGAUCAGCAAACCUGGAAUGAUCACAAAGACUUCCAUAAUGCUUGGUCUUGGAGAAACAGACGAAGAGUUGAAGGAAGCAAUGGCUGACUUAAGAGCGAUCGAUGUUGACAUCCUAACACUUGGUCAGUAUCUACAGCCAACUCCACUGCAUUUGACAGUGAAAGAGUAUGUGACGCCUGAGAAGUUUGAGUUCUGGAAAACGUACGGAGAAUCAAUCGGAUUUCGCUAUGUAGCAAGUGGACCACUGGUGAGAUCUUCAUACAGAGCAGGAGAGCUUUUCGUUAAGACAAUGGUGAAAGAAAGCUACGCUAAAUCCAUGUCUUAGUUGGCUAUUAUAAAGUCGAGGCCCCCGAUACUCAACACAAAAGCCUAUGUAGUUGACUUCAUUCAGAUGACUCUUAUGCUGCAAAUCUUUGUUGUAUUUUGAAGACACAAGCUGAAUGAAAAGGAACAACUUCAGAUG